AUGCCGGUCCAGAAGAUCGAAACUGAGGCUCAGUACAAGAGCCUGAUUCAAGACAACGAGAUGGUUUUGGUUGACUUCUAUGCCACCUGGUGUGGCCCCUGCAAGCAGAUUGCGCCUAUGGUGGAGAGCAUGAGCGCGAAGCCCGAAUACUCGAAGGUGAAAUUCGCCAAGGUCGACGUUGACGAAUUGGCGGAAGUUGCGGAGAGGGAAGACGUGAAUGCCAUGCCCACCUUCAAGUUGUUCAAGGGUGGCAAAGCGGUUGACACUGUUCUCGGUGCCAACCCGGACCGCAUUGAGGAGAUGCUGAAGAAGCACCUGUAG